UUACGAUGUUAAAUAUAAAUACGGCGCAGAGUGAUGUGUUUAAAGAUUUUGAAAAAUUUUCAAAGUAUCAGUUAUUUCAAUAUAUUUUAAUUAGUUUGCCUCUUGUAAUGGUAUCUAUGGUCCAUGUUAAUUAUAUAUUUGUUGCUGAAGACGUAGCCCAUAGAUGCCGCGUACCCGAAUGUGAUGGUACGAACGCUAGCGCGGAAAUACCGCCGUGGUGGCCCAAAAAUGUGGACUCGAAAUGCUUCCGACCGGUUGUAGAUGUCAGCAGUUUUGGUACAUUAGAUAAUACUUGCUCGAAUGCGACAUUCGAAGAGACUCUAGAAGAAUGCCACGAGUGGAUCUACGAGAAUCACAAUUCAAUAGUUGCCGCGCUAAAUCUUGGAUGUCAAUCAUGGAAGUCGACAUUGGUCGGUAGUGUUCACAACGCCGGCAUGAUUGCCUCCGUCAUGAUUUCUGGAUGGAUAGCAGAUAAAAUCGGCAGAAAACCAACCAUUAUCAUGUGUUCGAUAGGCGCAGCUGUCGGCGUGUUCAAAAUAUUUGUCCAGAAUUAUUACGCAUACUUAGCGAUCGAGUUCUUAGAAUCAAUGCUUGCUUCCGGUCUUUACACCGUCAAUGUUGUUUUAUUAAUAGAAGUCGGUGGUGAAUCGACAAGAGUGUUGGCAGGAGUUAUAUUCUCUUAUGCAGUAUACAUCGGAGAGAUGUUAUUCGCUUUUAGUGCAAUGGGACUUCAGUAUUGGAAGACAUUGAUAUUAAUUGUAUACACACCGAUGUUCUUAUUCAUUUUCUACGUAUUCAUAUUAAGAGAGAGCACAAGAUGGCAACUGCUCCGUGGGAAAACUGAAGAAGCUAAAGAAACUCUAAAAGUUAUCGCUAAAGUAAAUAAAAUAAACGUCACAGAUAAAGAGAUAAGUGAAAUAAGUGAUGCUGACCUACGAUCAAGAUUCAAUGUUGUCGUACAAAAAGACAAAGAGACUAUUAAAGAUAUUAUCAAUUCUAAAGAGAUAAUGAUUCGGUUAGCCGUCGCAUCGUUCUGUUUUUUCUCUUCCAGCUUUAUAUAUUAUGGAAUGGCGGUACAUUCUAUACUGUUACCUGGAAAUAAAUACACAAAUUUCGUUCUUACGUCUUUAUCAUCUUUCCCUGGAGAUUUCAUCGCAUAUUAUACAUUCAAAAAGUUUGGCAGGAAAAUAACACUGCAAUUUGGAUAUAUUUUUUCAGCUGUUUUUUUGUUAGCACAAGCAUUUUCACCUGAAGAUAUAAUGUGGUUGAAAGUAGCAUUGUUCUUAGCGGGAAAAGUUGGAGUCGUGGUAUGCUUCACAGGCAUCUAUACGUACAGUUUAGAACUGUUCCCUACGAGUGUACGAGGCUCGCUUGUUGGUUGGGGAAACACGGCCGCAAGAAUUGGAAGCAUGCUUGCCCCGCUUACGCCUUUAUUGUCAGCGGAAAUUACGUUCCUAUCAUCGCUCCUGUUCGCAUCUACAGCGAUUAUUUCCGCAUUACUUCUUACAUUUACGCCUGAAACGAGAAAAUUACCGUUGUUUGAUACUAUAGCGCAAGUGGAUAAUUAUAGAGAGAAAAUUAUUACCGCAUUGUAA